UAUAAUUUUUCAUUUUUAUUAUUAUACACAUACAACAUACAAUUUAAACAUAAUAGUUCUUUUCAUUACUUUUAUUUUGUUUUCAUCAAAUUUAAAUGUACAAAUACUUUAUCAGUUAUUUUCAACAGAAUAUAAUAAGGCUUGUCAACAAGUGAAAAUCGAAGCUUCAAUAACACACAAAGAUAAAUUGUAUUGAAGAAUACAAAACUUGUAACACAAUUAUUGGCAUAUAUUGGCAUAUAUUGUAUAUAAUAAUAAUAUAAAAUUUUCAAGCUAUUGAAUGAAAGAAGAGAUUAUAUUAUUAAUGCUGCACAAUGUAUUUUAAUUUAAUUAUACUGAAAUUAUAAAGGCUACGACAAAGGCUUUAAUAAAAUAUGAGAAAAAAAUUACAAUCAGAAUAACUGUGAGAAAAAAAAAAUUAAUGCACUGUCACAAACAGAACUCACAUAACUGAGAAAUUUACUGGAAUUCUUUAAAAAUAUAUUUAAUGAUUAAAUUCUUACUAGUCUACAUGAAAAUAGAUAAAUAGAAAGGGAAGAAAAAACGGAAGAAUUACAAGUUCAUUUUAUUGUUGUACUUACAAUUAUGUUGUUUUCUUUUCUUUGCAUAUAAAUUAGAUUAGUAUAAUACCGAAGAGAACAGAUGAGCAAAAGGAAGAAAUAAUGCAUUACAACACCAAGGAACAAUUUCACACACGUUUAUAUUAUUUAUAUAAUAACUUUCUAAAACAGUAUAUUUGUUUACAUAUAAUAUUUAUUAAUAAUUGUAAUUCGUGUUAAAAGCUUAUCAGUAUUCAUGAUGUCAAUUAAAAAAGCAGAUUCUAAAAAACUUGAACACUCUUCAAAAAGAUACAGUUGGUAUUGAUACUCAACAUCAAUAACAUUCUGUUCUCAGUUAUGCUUAAAAAAACAAUUUUUUUCCAUUAAUACUGAAAGGAAUAUUUACCCUCACUAUUCACAAAAUGGUAACAAUACAUCUAAAUCUAUUUCAUAAAAAAAAAGUUAAAUAAAAUCGAGAAAUAUCGACAAAACAAUUAAAUUAAUUCAUUGAUAAAAGAUCCAAAUCGUGAACCAUUUAUAUUCUGCGAAACUAGGCCUAUAAAAUUUAAAUAACAAUAAAAUAUAAUCCACUAAUUAAAAGAUUACUCUUACCUAGUACAUUUAGUCUCAAUCAAUAUCAUCACACAAGAUGUAAAGAAAUUAGAAUAGGUCAACUAAAAUAAAGGAGUACAAUAAACCAUAGGAAUUAUCACAGUCAUUAAAAUACCUUUGCAUUGAUAAAUCUAAUCAUAAAAAAUUGACUACAGCCACUGCUUUAAAAAUAUAUAUGAAUAUAAACUCUAUAUGUUAAAAAGGGUUGUUACGUUUAUGUUAUUGGGGCAUCGUCGUCUUGCAGAGAUGUUACAAAUACAGUAUUAUAACGUCUCACACGGAAUUGGUACAAUUUCUCAACUAAUUUGAGGCGUUUAAUCAAGAAGAAAAUAGCACCAGCUAGAGCUAAAAUCAUACAAGGUACGAUGAUCCAGAGAGCAAUUGAGCUGCCUAAAACAGAAGGAGAACAAAUAACAACAAUAAUGAUAAUAUAAGAAAAAGAAGAAUUUAUUGUAUGAUUUUAUUUAAAGUUCAGUUACUGUCUAGAACUUAUUUUAUUCACAGAUUUUUUUGGAACAUUACAUUUCUAUAUUUAAAGUUAAUUUUUGCACAUGAUUUUGGAAAAUCUAAACUUGAACUCUUAAAUAUAUUCUUUAUAAAAUAGAGUGGCAUUUAAGUUAUCAUAAAAAAGAAAAACUAUUCCACUACAACCUUUCAAGGCUCUAGAGUUUAAUGGUUUGUGAGAAAGUAUAGUUUAUCGGUCAACAGUUGCGCAACAAGAUGAUUUGACCAACAUCACACUGAACUACCAGGUUUUUCCUCUUAAUCAAGAGUAGCCACUUAUAAAAGUUUGAACGUACCAGAGGAUAGUCUUCCAACUUCAGGGUUGAAGCAACAUAAUAAAUAAUUACCUGGCACAGCUGUACUAGAAACUAGGACAGAAAGAAUAGGAGGACAGUGACUUACAGACUGAAUUACCUCACUUCCCUAAAACGUGAAUAAAAAGGAUUUGCUCAAAAAUAUAGAUAACCCAUUAUGGAUCCUGAAGUUGCAAGGACAUUAAUCUGUAGUCCAUUGAUUUUUUAUCCAUAUGAUUAAAGCUGUGGUGAAUCCUAAUCAACAAAGUCAAUAUAUCUUCUCCACAUCACUCCUUUAUAGACUUCCAAUAAAGUUUUGAUUGAUUAGCAUUUUAUGUUAAAACCAUAAAGUACUUUUACACUUGUAUAUGAAUUCAGUAGUUUUUUUUCGAUAUAUAUAUUUUUUUUUAAAUCUGCCAUGAAUGGACUCUUUUCUCAUUAUAUAAUUCUCCUUUAAGGUGACAGAAUGUUAUACUACUCAUUAAAACAGUUUCAACAAUUACAUGCAAAGUUAUUACAGUUAUAAUUUUAAUUACACCAAGUUAUCAUAGUUAAAUACACCUCUAAAUCCAUUCAUCUAUUCAGAAAAGAUUUUUUAAAAUAAAAUUUAUAAAGAAUUGAAUAAAAGAAAGCACAUAUGUAAUACUACUAGUUGAAACAUGAAAGUAUGAUACACAUUUUAAUGAUGUUAGCAUAAUUAACCCUUUAAGGAGUGAAUCAGCAUAAUUACAUACAUAAAAUUUUACUUUAAAUGCACAGGAAUUUACAACUUAAGGGUGGGUCAUACUGAUUUACUCUUUACUUUCAUUCAUUGCAUUACAUUCAAAACAUAGAAAAUUAAUAUUAGAUAAUUACAUAAACAAACACAGAAAAUCAUACCUCCACUAACUACUGGGUGGUCAUUAAUAGAAUCAUCAGAAGAUGGAACAACAAUUGGGACACAUUUUCCAUUUUCAGAUUUGAAUGAUUCCUUACAAUGACAAACACCUAAGUUAUCCUUUUCUUCAAGGCAUUCUGAGUUUUCCCCACAAGGGUUAUUAAAUACAUCAUCCAGCCUGCAUGAUUCCUCUGAAAAGCAAAUUAUUUUAUUAAAACCUGGUGUUUCUAAAUCUACUGGAUGCCAAAACAGAUAAAACAUACCUCCGAAACAAAAUAUGUAUAAAUGGAAAAAAUAAAGUAGCCACGAAAUAAUAAAAACAAAGCUACUGUUGUUGGAACGUAAAUUCAUUUUAAUUUAAAGUCAUCAAUCGAACUUUUAAUGGAAAAAAGUACUAUUUGUGCCAUACACAAUUUAAAAACUAAAUAAGGAAACAAUCAAUUAAUGACAUACAACAUCAAACGCAUAUCAGUACACAAGCUGUUAUCUAUUAGUGAUUGAAGUUAUCUUCUUUCAAUAGCCAUGCCUACUGAAUGAAGUUUAUUUUUAUAAAAAUAUUACAAAUAAUAAUAUUACCCAUUAAAUUUGCUUAAAAUAAUUUGCUUAAUAUUAUUUUAAUAUUUUGGUGUAGUAUUAUUAUAAACUACACAAUAAUGAGAUUAAUGAAUUUGUAGAUUAGAUGUCGGUAUCCAUGUAGGUAACAUCUGCCAUGUUCGGUGGGUUUAUCCAGAUGAACUAUUGUAUUUGAUAUUAACAGUUUACUUUUUGGCAAUGUUAAACAAUUAUUGUGUGUUUUAUUGAUGAUUUUAAAUAUGACUCCAAGUGUUUUCACCAUCGUAUGUAGUAGAAUACAUCUAUACUUUUAAAAAAUAAACAGCCGUCGUUCGUCUCCCUUUUAAUUAUUUAUUGCUUCAAUUGUAAAAGCUAGAAUAACAACCUAUUUAUCUGGCUAUCAGCAGUUUCUGAUUUAUGUUAUUUUGCUUGAUGGAUUAGAGACAUGUUUUUUUCAAUUAACAGUGAAUCCAUAGUUUCAGUAUCACCAGAGACUUCAGAAUCUAGUCAUUUUUACAGAAAUGUAUAGUGUUUAUUUUAAUGUAGUGUAGUGUGCUUUGAAAAUUUCUCAUAUUUUGUUAUAAAGCAGUUGCAAGUAUUCAUGCAGAUGUGAAAGAAAGAACAUUAAUGGAACAAAAUGUCAGCAAAAGAUAUGGAUGGAUUUAUGGGCCUUCUGUCCACAACAGAUACAAAACAAAAGCUUGUUAUUGGGCAGGAUCUUUUGAACUAUUUGCAGAAGGGAUCAUCCAUAGAAUGUUCUGAUAUUGGCAUGGUAGUUGACAGCCUUCUGCCAUGGGUACAAAGCAGCAAUUUCAAGGUGUCACAAAUGGGGCUGGAUCUAAUGACGGAACUUGUACGGAGGAUGGAAGGCUAUUUCAAACCCUAUAUUCCGACUGUCAUACCACCUGUUGUCGACCGUCUAGGUGACAGCAAGGAAUUGGUUCGAGAUCGCUGCCAGCUUCUAUUGAGUACGUUGAUGGAAGUGGGUGCGAUCACCCCGCAACAUCUAUGGGAUCGAUUGGCCCCUGCUUUCGCUCAUAAGAAUUCAAACGUAAGAGAUGAAAUUAUGAAAUGCCUCACUACAACAUUAAACCAACAUGGGGCAAAUACUGUAUGUGUUUCCCGUUUGGUGCCUUCGUUAGUCAAGUUAUUGUCUGAUCCAAACGCUGCUGUAAGGGACAACGCCCUGUGCACUUUAGCCAAUGUUUACAGGCAUGUUGGCGAUCGACUUAGGGCAGACCUAGUAAAGAAACAUCAGUUACCUCCUACCAAAGCUCCUAAUCUGAUGGCGAAAUUGGAUGAAAUUAAAGCAGCUGGAGAUUUUUUCCCCACUGCACAUCAUUCAGCUGGUUUGUUGGAUGAAGAUGAGACAGAUAGGAGCGCGCCGCCGUCAGCUACCAAGCGAUCAGCCAGUGUCACUCGGAAAAAUGUCUCCUCCUCUGCUUCGAAACCUGCAUCGCACGUCCCAGCUGGAUCGGGUCCUGCUGGCGCAGUCGACGAAGAUGGCUUCAUUAAAGCGUUUCAUGAUGUACCAAAUGUACAAAUAUUCAGUGUUAGAGACUUGGAAGAUUCACUCAAUAAAGCUAGAACUGUUAUAGCUGACCCAAACCAAGAAUGGAAUAAACGUGUGGAUGCUAUAAAGAAGAUUCGCUCACUACUCAUAGCAGGUGCUAGCAGUUACGAAGAAUUUUACAAUCAUUUAAGAUUACUUGAUGUCCCAUUCCAAAUAUCUGUUAAGGAAUUAAGAUCUCAGGUAGUGAGGGAAGCAUGUGUAACAUUAGCAUUUAUGUCUCAACACCUGACGAAUAGGUUUGAACAUUUUGCUGAAAAUCUUGUUCCAGUUCUGAUUAAUUUAAUACAAAAUUCAGCUAAGGUAAUCGCUAGUGCUGGCCAAGUAUGUAUUGGCUUCAUCGUACGAUAUACCCACUCUAGUCGAUUAGUACCACAUAUUUGCUCAGGAUUGUCAUCGAAAUCUCGCGAGAUAAGGAGAGCUGCUUGCAAGUUCCUUCAUAUAAUUCUUUCUACCUGGUCUGGCCACAUCCUCACUAGGCACUCCGCCUUACUGCAAAGUGCGAUAGGUUCAGCGAUCGCCGAUGCGGAUCAGGAAGUUCGUGGGAUUGCGAGAAAAGCUUAUUGGGCAUUUAAAGAUCAGUUUCCCCAUCUUGCUGAAAGUCUUCUGGAUAACUUGGAUGCCAACUACAAACGAAGCCUUCAUUCCGAUAUGUCUAAUUCGAGUUCUUCUAAUUCUCUUCAUCACCAGCCUACCUCUGCCACCCGAAGACAAGAAGCAGUUACUCCUCUCUCAAAGAGAAUUCCCAUAGGGUCUCCGAGAACAGCUUCACCUCGCUCUAAUUCAGCUAUAGAUCUCCAAGCAGCUCAGCGAGCAAAAGCAAGAGCACAGUAUGCAGCUUUAGCUAGGCAAAAAGUCGGAUCGAACACUAGUCUUCCUCGUCCAAAAAAAACAGGUACCGAAUCUGGACCUAGUUCUUUAGCAUUUUCUCCUGAACACACCAGGCAAGGAAGGAGUAGAACGACAGGAAUCAGUCAGUCACAACCUUCAAGCCGAUCAGGAUCACCCUCCUCACGACUGAAUUAUGCAACUUAUUCAUCUUGCUUGGGAGAACGAUCCAGGAGAUCCCCGUCGUAUACGACACGCUCAACUCAAGGUUCUCGAGAAACUUCACCUUCUAGAUAUAACCCCCUUCCUCCUCUUGGAAAACUGAGAGGUGUUCGUCCUCCUCUUUCCAGGCCUGUAAUGGCUCAUAAGAUUCUACAACAAUCUUUGGAAGCCGAAUCAGCUUUAGCAGAUGCUUUAGGAUACACCGAUGGACGAGGCGAUACCAGUGGUAGCUGCGUGACGUCCCCUCGUAGGUUGAGAUUAGAUGAUCAUUCAGACGAUUCUGAAACUUCUAGUGUUUGUUCCGAACGAUCUUUCGAAUCUCAUCGGAGACCUUCUGAUGACAUAAAUGAAAUAAUGGAAGCGUGCGAGUCUACACAUUGGUCUGAUAGAAAAGAUGGUUUAGUAUCGUUAUCUGCUUACCUUCAAGCCGGAAAUACUUUGUCACCCCAUCAGCUUAAUAGAAUCACUGAAAAUUUUACUAAAAUGCUCUCUGAUACACAUACUAAGGUUUUCUCCCUCUUUCUCGAUACUGUAUCUGACCUCGUUUCAACACACUCUGCCGACCUCCACCCGUGGCUUUACAUUUUGUUAACUAGGCUAUUUAAUAAACUCGGAGGAGAUUUGUUAUCCUCUAUACAGACUAAAAUUCAGAAAACCCUCGGAGUCGUCAAGUCAAGCUUUGGUCCUGAACCACUAUUGCAUUGGGCACUGAGAUUUCUAGUAGAUCCAACCCAGACUCCUAACACUCGAGUGAAGUUGGCCGUCUUAGGUUUUAUUGCUAAGCUAGCACCUGCUGCCGAUCCAGCUUCUGCCUUCCCGCCAUCUUCGCCUUCUUCAUCAGGACAAUCCAAAGAUGUCACUACAACUGCUCUGACAAAAAUGAUUGGUUGGACCAUGGGAGAAGGAAUAAAACAAGGAGGAGAACUGAGGCGUGGAGCUCAGGAAGCCAUUUUAGCCCUUUUUAAUUUGAACACUCCGCAAGUAACGUUGAGGCUGUCCCAACUACCCAAAGAGUACCAGGAAGCUGCUGGUAGCUUGAUUCGAAUGAGACGUGGCAGCGGAGGUGGAGGAGACUCUCUUAGCCCCGAUCAGGUUUAUCGAUCCCUUCGUCGUACUACAGCUGAAAUACAAAGUUACUCUUACGACACCAACGGGGGAAACAAAGUCGCAGAUACUGCUUCUCAUGACUCUGGCAUAAGUCAGAUGUCAGAUAAACAUGAUGACAUUCUUUGGGGCAUAAGUUCUCUUUCGUUAUCUUCACCCACGAGGUCCGGUAAAGACUACAAUGGCCUAGAAACUACUGAUUCGCCUACCUCACUUGGUAACGGUUUUUCCAAAGAGGGUGGGAGUAGUGAAGCCGGUGAUGCGUUAAGUAAACUACUAGAUACUAUCGAGAACAGCAGCGGAGCGGAAAGGAAAGCAGCCUUCGAUCAACUGGCUACCCUUAUCAGAGAGUCAGACCCUAUCACUUUAAAUACACAUUUUAGGAAGAUCCUCAAGGGUGUUCUGGGAAAAUCCGGCUUAUUAGGAGAAGCAGAUUCGCGAUUAGGUGGACUGACCGCGCUAUCGGAGGUAAUGAAGAGGAAGUGCCUCUGGUCCUCCCUCCAAACCUAUGUCGAGCUCAUCCUUCUACGAGUGAUCGACGCAUACUCGGACGGAAAUAAAGAGGUAUCAAAACUCGCAGAGCAGGCUGCACUGCUCAUCAUUUCAGCAUUAGAUCCUGCAGAUGUAAUUAGGGUACUUGUUCCACUGAUGAGGGCGGAAGAAUUUCCAAAAAAUCUGAUGGCCAUUAAAACUCUGACAAAACUAGUCGAACUGGAAACAAAAGAAGUCAUUAUGCCAUUUCUUCCAGACAUAAUGCCAGGACUUGUUCAGGCCUAUGCUAACGAAGAAAGCUUAGUUAGAAAAUCAACUGUAUUUUGUAUGGUCGCACUUCAUAACAAACUUGGAGGAGAGACACUUAAGCCAUAUCUCGCAUCUCUUAACGCAAGCAAACUGAAGCUUUUACAUUUGUAUAUAAAUAGGACUCAAACAGAUCAGUCGCCCAGUUCUCCCAAGCCUGCUGCAGCCGUAUAAUGUGCCAUCCCAAUUAUUUCGCUGAUAUAUAUUUUUAUAUUCAUCGUAAUUGCUUUGUAAAAAACAAAAAUGAAAAAAAAAAAUUAGGGAAGAUACAUUUAGUAAUACAUAUAACAUAAUAACACUUUUCAGUAUGUGUAGUCAGUUCUCAGUUGUACAGCUUAUUAUGCACAUAUUUAAUUUGUAAGUAUAAUUACUUUUUAUUAAUAAAAGUCUAUCGUAACUAAUGUCGACAUGUAUUUAAUUAAUUAUGUUUAAGUGGAUUUAAUAUGAACAAAGUUGGAUACAUUAUUUAUUGACUUUUUUUCUUGUUAUAUAUGAAUUAUAACGUUGAAAGACUAAUCUAUGACUUACUUUUAACAUAUAUAAGUUCUAAAUGUGGCCAAUAAUUUUAAAUUUGUGAGCACAUACUCGUACAUAAGUAUGCAAUACGUAGAAAUAAAACCUGGAUAAAUUUACUUUUGGCCAGAAUGCUUCUCUAUUAUUUCUUUCUUUCUUUUUUUUUUUAAUGGAUUAACAAAUUAUUCAUUAUAAAAUUUAACUAUUUAAUUACUAUUUGUUUAGAUAAUAAAAAUUGUUACCUUAUGCUUUUCAAUGUAAUUGCUACAAUUGCAAAUAAACCAAAAAUAGGUAAAGCUAUGUGAUAACACACUAUUAAUCAAAAUGUAAAAGAAAAAAAAAAUGAAAUAAUUUAUGUUAUUAAGUAGCUAUGUAAUAAAUAAAACAAAUUUUUUACUCUUAAAACGAACUUUGUUACAUCAUAAAAUUUAUUCUAUAAUUUUAUGAAAAAUCGAUUAAAUAAAAAUUCUAUUUACAAUCCUGUUAUAUUAUUUAAUCAAAACUUAAAAUUGUAUAUUUACAGUUAAAGAAAGUAUAAAAACAAUUAUAGAUAAAGGCUUGCUGCGAAAACAAUGUCUCUUUUUAUCAUAUUUAUGGCCAUACUGAAUUUCACUUCCAGGUCCUGGUUACCUAAUGUUUUCGCAGCUUGCAUUAGUUGCCUUAACAAUUCUUCCAAACGCCGCAUGCAACGAAUAAUACUCCCUUCGAAUAUUUCUGUCUGUUUACAGAUUUCGUGAAAUGUGGCGCCGUUACACCAAGAAUAAACUGGAUCCAUCAAAAACGGUUUCAUCUGAUCUAAAUAAGUAUCCUCAUUAAUGUCCAUUUUCGCCUCUUUCGAUACCUUGAUAAUCUUCCUUGCCAACUCUUUAGCUUCCCUGAAAGGCUUGGCUAAUUCCUCAGAUAAUUUAGCAUGAGUAUUACUUUUUUCUUCGCACACGAAACAUGAGAGAAGCGCUGCUGAUUGUUGUGGUGUCAAAUCGUUGAAUGUACCACUUAGUAACAUUUCUGUCAACAACAAUUCGUCUGCACAACUAAUUUCGCAGGCUACUCUUCCCUUCAGUUCUAUUACAUCUGAUUCAGUACAGAAUUCUAGUCUCCUCAAGACACGUUUUCUACAUCGCAGCUCUUCCAUUUGUAAAAGUGACAUGGACUUGUCGAUUUCAUUAGCUACAUUUUCGAGUGAUUCCCUUAGUUCUUCCUUUUUUUCAAAAGUCUCAAGUACCUUUUCAAAAUCUGGAGUUUUAUUAGCGACAUGGACUUCUAACCUUUUCUUCAAAGCUGCAAUUUUGUCGACAAGAAAUGUAAAUCUAGUAUCUUCAAUGUUCAUAUUCUUCAAUGGAUCUAAAAUCGGAAAAUCUCCUUUGAACCUUUCCUCCACUUCUCUGUAUGCCAUUUGAGCUGAGGCUUGGUUGUCAGCUGACCUCAAGUCUUUUGGCAGAACGACACAGACAGUACUCACAUCCAUUAUACUUUGAUGUGGUAGUGAAAUGACAACCAUUUUACCGGCAUCAUUUUUGGAGCACGGUUUAGGAUUUUCUUCUGUGGAUUUGGAAUCAAUCAAGAUAAGUACAUCUAUGAGAAUAUUUUUAUCAACCUUCAUGGGAUUGUUAUUUUUCUGGUUGGCCCUUCGGUGGGACAAAACCAUGCCCCACCCAAAUUCUGCUCUAUCCCUUCCGCAAGCUUUUACUAACCUUCCAGGUCUUAAAAAUGGUAAAAGAUACUGUGGUUUGUGAAUAAAUGUUUGGUACUCUGCAUACAGACCGUUCAACUCUUUUUUCAGAAUAAAAUAUGAUUCUACAACCUUUUCAUUUUCAAUAACAAUAUUUGAUAUUUGUUCGUCGAUUUCAUCAUGCUGUUUUCUCAGAAUAGGUAAAUUGGUAUGAUUUUGAAACUGGAAAAAACUUCGUUCAAGUAAAUAUUCAGGAUUGAUAUCAUCAACCCUAAUCAGAUUGAGAAGCAUGUUAUAAGACAAGUGAAAUGCCGAAUUGAGAGGAUCAGCUUUACCCUGCAUCAAUGACUUCCCUUCUUCAGUAGACAGAGGUUCGUCAAGCAUUACAAUGACAGUUCCAUUGUCAUCCAAUCCUCUCCUGCCAGCACGCCCAGACAUCUGAAUAUAUUCUCCUGAAGUAAUAUGUCUAUGAUUUCUUCCAUCAAACUUCUUUAUACUAGUGAAAAUGACAGAUUUGGCAGGCAUGUUAAGGCCCAUCGCAAAAGUUUCAGUAGCAAAUAAAGCCUUGAUAAGUCCUUCUGAAAACAAAACUUCAAUAGUCUCCUUGAGGAUGGGUAGCAAACCUCCAUGAUGUAUACCUAUGCCUCUCCUCAGCAAAGGAAGGACAUUUUCUACUUGGGGAAGACAUCUAUCCUCUUCUGACAAAACAUCCAUAGCAUUUUGAAAUAUUUCAUCAACAAGCUGUUUUUCCUCAGUGGUGUUAAAGUCCAAUUUAGCUACUUGCAUAGCAUAUAUUUCACAAUCUUUUUUACUAAAAGAAAAUAUCAGAGCAGGAGCAAGAUUUUUUUCCAUAAUCAUUCUAAUAAGCUUUAAACAGCUCGAUUCUUUACCAUCUGAUCUUCGAUUGAGCUUCUUAUUUUCAAAUUUUUUUCCUUGACCAGGAUCUUGUACAAUUUUUGAAGCUAAUUCAAAGUUCCUUUCAUUAAACACACUUUUUUCAUCGACAAUAAGAUGUGUACAAUCGCCACCUACUGGAAAAACAAAAUGUUGCAAUGGGGUCGGUCUAUAAUCUGUAUAAACGACGUGACAUGGCUGACUGUGAAUAUGUGCGACCCACUCGGCGAACUGACGUGCGUUAGGUAUCGUAGCAGAUAAGAAAACAUAAUGUACAUUAUCAGGAAGAAGGAUCAAGGUUUCUUCCCAUACCACACCACGUUCCUUAUCUCUCAUGUAAUGAAUUUCAUCGAAUAUUACCCAUGAGACUUCUCUCAUUACUUCAGACCCUCGAUAAAGCAUAUUUCUUAAAAUUUCUGUUGUCAUUAUAAGACAACCCGCAGUCGGAUUAAUUGUGACAUCUCCAGUGAUCAGGCCGACAUCUUUAAAUUCUUCUUGAAACUCACGAUAUUUCUGAUUGCUCAAAGCUUUUAUCGGUGUUGUAUAUAUCACUCUCUGUUUCAAAUUUAAGGACUUUAUAAUACUGUAUUCACCGACAACUGUUUUUCCUGAAGAAGUAUGAGCCGACACUAGUACUGAUUCAUUAUUUUCAAUACACAUAAUAGCUUCUUUUUGAAAUGGAUCAAGAAUAAAUUUAUACUCCUUCAACAAUUUUUUUGGCUUUAUUAAAGGUUUGUACUCGACAUGUGGAGGAAGGGCAACUUCGUGAAGACAAUAUUCUAAAGCUUCGACUGUAUGAAUUUUUAUCUGAAUACUGCCGAGAUUGGAUAUGCUCAUUAAUCUUGCCUUUUUCAAUUGUAAAGACUGGUCAAUAUCAGCUUGGGACUGAUUUAUGCUGUCUUUUUCUAGGCUCUGUUUCUUUUGGUUAGGUUCAGAAGUAUCUUCCUCUGAGAAAUGUCUUUUUUUGGAAUCUUUAUUGCCAGGAGGAUCAGGAGGUGGUGUGGAAUGGGCAGGUUCUUGAAAAGCACCAAAUAGAAGAUUUAACGAAUUCAUGUUGAAUCAAUCUG